AACUAAUAUACAUAAACAAAUAAUAUCAAAUCCAGCCAUUAAAUUAUUGUUAUUAAAUUGUUUUUUCCCAAUUAUAGAGAACCCACGCUCCGAAAAGUUGCUCAGAAGUUUCUCUCUCUAGAUGUCAAUGGCGAAUCCAAACUCUGCUGCUUAACCGCCGUCGACACCUGAGUUUUUUGGUCUGUAUCUCCGCACUUUGAACUUCCGGCCUGGCUUGAUCUGGAGGCUUUUUUUGUGUAAUUGGCGUGGUGAUUGAUUGAGAACUGAAUUUGUUUUGUUUUCAUUGAGUUCGGCAUUGGUGAUUUUGCGUAUUUUUGGCGGUUAAUUUGGCUUUAGUGAGGCAGUUGGUGAAUGUAACGCUUGCAGGCUUGAAAGGGAAAGUUCGCGGGAUCUGAAUACAUACGUCAUAACUUAGAAUCGUAUUGAUAUUUUGACAAUUGAUAGCUGAAUUAUGUGAAACUACAGCUGGUUAUGUAGUUUGGUGGAUGCUCAAUUAUUGGUUUGCGCCGAUGCUAGCUGAGAUAGUUUGGAGUUUUGAUCAUAUAAUUCGCGAUAAAAUAUAUCUGAUGAUUGGUUAUGGUCUUCAAAGUUGUUUGCGAAUGAAGUUGGAGCAAUAACCAAACUCCUGUUGGAAAAUUUUUGCAUUCAUUUUGAAGAGCAUCACAAGAGUUGGACAUGAGAAGCUCUUGGUACAAUAAACUAUUGUUGACCUUUGGGCCAAAACCACCACUCAACUGGUUGCUUUUGUUUGUGGUUAGUGCAUUAGUUUUGGUUGCGCUAUUGGGAUCUUCUCCUUCUAAUCAACUAAAUUCCCUGACUGAUCCUACAAGACCUGACAUUUAUUCGACCUAUAGAAGGUUGAAAGAGCAAGCUGUCAAUGAUUACUUGGAAUUGCGAAAAUUAGGAACCAGUCCUUCGAAGGAUUUUGAUCUCUGUGGGAAGGAAAGAGAGAAUUAUGUCCCUUGCUACAAUUCAUCUGCUAACCUGCUAGCUGGCUUUAAAGAUGGGGAGGACCUUGAUCGUCAUUGUGAAGUAUCACGAGAUAAAGAGUAUUGUUUGGUUCGUCCGCCAAAGGAUUAUAAGAUCCCUUUGACCUGGCCAGGUGGAAGGGAUGUGAUAUGGAGUGGAAAUGUGAAGCUGAGCAAAGACCAAUUUCUUUCGUCGGGAAGCAUGACAAAAAGGCUGAUGUUACUAGAAGAGAAUCAAAUUUCAUUUCAUUCAGAUGAUGAGAUGGUCAUUGAUGGCGUGAAAGAUUACUCUCACCAGAUUGCUGAGAUGAUAGGACUGGGGAGUGACACUGAAUUUCGCGAAGCUGGUGUGCACAAUAUAUUAGAUAUUGGGUGUGGCUUUGGUAGCUUUGGUGCACAUCUGCUCUCACUUAAGGUGAUGGCAGUCUGUAUGGCGGCAUAUGAAACAACUGGCAGCCAAGUUCAGGUAGCCCUCGAGAGAGGUCUCCCAGCAGUCAUUGGAAAUUUCGUCUCAAAACAACUACCAUUUCCUUCCUUAUCAUAUGACAUGAUUCACUGUACUCAGUGUGGUAUUUUGUGGGAUGAUAAAGAUGGAAUGUUUCUUAUUGAAGUUGAUAGAGUCCUCAAACCUGGUGGGUACUUUGUUUUAACCUCACCCAGAAGGAGGCAAGGAAGCAAAGGCGCCAUAGCUACUCCUCUUGAAGGAUUUACGCCAAAACUUUGCUGGAAUCUUCUGGCUCAGCAAGACGAAACUUUCAUCUGGCAGAAAACCACUGACACCAAAUGCUACACCAGUAAGCAGACUUUCCCCCUUUGCAAUAAGGAAGAUGGGCAAUCUUACUAUAAACCACUUGCACAAUGUAUAAGUGGGAUUGGUACCAAGCGUUGGAUUCCAAUUCAGAACGGGUCUUCUGGUUCAUUGAGUCCUGCUGAGCUUGCGAUCCAUGGAAUAAAUCCUAAAGAUUUUUUUGAGGACUCAGUGUACUGGAGAUCUGCUUUAAGAAAUUAUUGGUCACUUCUUUCUCCCUUAAUUUUCUCUGACCAUCCAAAGAGACCUGGUGACGAAGACCCAAUGCCCCCGUACAAUAUGGUUCGAAAUGUGAUGGACAUGAAUGCUCGUUAUGGAGGUUUAAAUACUGCCCUUUUGGAAGCCAGAAAGUCUGUAUGGGUAAUGAAUGUCGUUCCCGUGGGUCAACCUAACACACUUCCUGCCAUUCUUGAUCAAGGUUUUGCGGGUGUCUUGCAUAACUGGUGUGAACCUUUCCCCACAUACCCUCGCACAUAUGACAUGCUUCACGCCAAUGGACUUUUAUCACACCUUGCUUCAGAGAGAUGCAGUAUGCUUGACUUAAUUUUUGAAAUGGACCGCAUUCUUCGGCCUGAGGGAUGGGUUAUAAUUUCUGAUAAGGUUGGUCAAGUAGAGAUUGCACGAACUCUUGUGACACAGCUCCGGUGGGAAGCCCGAGUCAUCGACCUUCAAGAUGGCAGCGAGCAGCGCCUACUAGUAUGCCAGAAACCGUUUCUGAGAAAAUGAGGUCUCCUUCUAUGGAGAUCUCUCCAUCCCUACGACACUCCGCUUGUUUUGAAAGAACAUCGGAUCGAGCACACUCUCUGUCUGGUUUUUGACACUGUGAAGAUGAAAUCACAUUCAGUUAUGGUGAUGCUGUAGUUAGAGCAAUGAGGAAGUAUAUGUGGUUUCCAACACGUUUUUCUGGAGAUCAAAUGUAAUUCAUUCAAAAGAUGAGAAAUUUUGGAGGUUGUAGAUAUCUGAGUGAUGUUUGCUGCCGCAGUUCAAAGGAAAAGAAGAUUUUUCCAACUCUAAAGGAGACAGACAGACAGACAAACAGAUUGUAGCAAUUCAUUUAAGUCGUUUUUUGUGGUUUUUAUAUUUUAUUAAUUAUUUGUGUAAUUGAAUUGUAUUUGUAUUUCUCUAGCUAUAUCGAUCAAGUUCAGCUGUACUAAAAGAUAUUGCAAUUUGAUGUACUUUCAUUCCCAUUUU